AUGCACCUGCAGAAGCUGGAGGCGCUGCGGACCCCUCAGAUCUACAUGCGCCAAGACGUCCUGUGUGAGACUCUGGGGGGAAACAGCUGCCCCCUUCUCACCAUCACCGCCAUGCCUGAGUCCACCAGCAACGACCAGAUCUGCCUGUUCAGUGAGUACUGACUGACCACUGACUACUGGGGGAAUAUGUUAAAGAUGUGCUGCUGAGUGUAUUUCUAUUUUAUUGUGUGAUGUGUGUGUCCAGGGAACCGUCCGCUGGUGUUCCUGUCAGCGCGGGUGCACCCAGGGGAGACCAAUGCCAGCUGGGUGAUGAAGGGCACCCUGGAGUUUCUGAUGGGCAGCAGCCCCCUGGCACAGAGUCUCAGGGAGGCAUACAUCUUCAAGAUAGUCCCCAUGCUCAACCCUGACGGAGUGGUCAACGGCAAGUAAGUGUACACACAUACACACACACACAAUGCGCGUAUGAAGAUGUGCGCACACAUACACGAACACACACCCAACCAAUACUAUAUAACACACACGUGCACACACAAACUCAAGUUGAUUAACUUCUCUUUUUCUCAUUCCAUCUCCCCCCCCCCCUCCUCCUCACUUCCUUUUGACCCUCUCUAUCUCUUCCCCCCUGUUUCUCCCUCUCCUGCCUCUCCCUCCAGUCACCGUUGUUCUCUGAGCGGGGAGGAUCUGAACCGACAGUGGCAGAGCCCCAGUCCGGAGCUACAUCCCACCAUCUACCACACCAAGAGCCUGCUGCAGUACCUCGCUGCCAUCCAGAGGGCGCCACUGGUGAGCCCCACGGUUACAUACCGUACCCGCGAUAUGUGCCAUAGCCCGACUUCCUUACAGCGCUGGUCACACGUGGCUAACUCUGUCAUGCUAACCCUUUCCCUAGCCAUUACCUUAACCUUGUCUCUUUCCCUAAUAGUCGUGGCAGGAAAGCCAGGUUGAUGAAGUUUGAUUGUCUUCAUACAUUCACUGUAAUCUCUGUCCCCUUCCCUCUGGUGUAUAGGUGUUCUGUGACUACCAUGGUCACUCCCGGAAGAAGAACGUGUUCAUGUACGGUUGCAGUUUGAAGGAGACCGUAUGGGAGACCAACAUCAGCGCAACAUCCUGUGAGCUACACGAAGACCUCGGUUAUAGGGUGAGAACACACACGCACACACACACACACACCUAGGGCUGUGACGGUCAUAGAAUUGUGGAUGACAGUAAUUGGCCAGCCAAAUGACUGCGGUCUCCGUAAUGACCGUUUGCAUAGCAAAACACGUGCAUUUUCUCCUCCGGUCCUGACUGCAUGUGCUGCCAUAGAAGUAGAAUGUAUAGAACGGGCAUCUCCAUUGAAGACAAUGAUGGCAUAAUGGGUGGGACUGGCGUCUUUUGCGAGUGUACAUAGGAGCAAAGCAGGAAGUAAAAGCAGGAAGUGUACCCAUCAAUAUGUGCUGUGAUUUUUUGAUUCAACUCAGCUGACGUUACAAAAAAUACAUUCCAUUGCAUGAGCCACAUCAGUUAACAUCAUUUGAAUGAACAUUCUACAUUACCAUGGAAAUGAUUGCAUCACAAUACCAGGCAGCCAUUGCGAGUGUAACCAUGACUUUAGGGUUAGAGGUUCUAAGUCCGUUCUAUUCAUUCUAUUUCUAUGGUUUGCUACAACACCCUGCUUGUUCCAGGAAGGAGCAACAAACUUUCAUCACCUUGUUAAAGUCCAUGUCACCACAGAAAUGCUCGGUAAUUGUGCCAGCCCUACAUAUACACACACACACACACACAAUCACACACGAUCUUCCCUUAUGUUCGUUAAUGUAUUAAGGCUCUUGCUCAGAAACAUAUUAAUUGCAUUUAGCCAAUGUAACCCUGAUGAUUAGAUCAUGGUGAUAAAUCAGAACAGAUUCCUAUCAGUACAGCUGUGAUCCCUCUUAUAAGAAUCUCUAGAUGUGCUUUCCUAAUUUUUCAUGGAAUUUUCAUGGCUAUUCAAUCUUGCUCAGGUCAGCUCAGCAACAAUAUCUCUCAAAUAAUUUGCAUACAGGGAGGGACCAGGCCAUCUGGAAACAAUGCGGACACAGUGGAUAGUUACACACACACACACACACACACUGACUGUUUCUCUUUUAGAUCCUCUCAAGUACAUCCAUCCAUCCAUAGCGUAUCCUCUAUCCGACACAGGCAUGCCCUCAUUGUCUAUUGUCUAUGGGUGUUGCACUCAAACUCUUCCCCCGUGCUCCGUCCCUCAGACUCUGCCUAAGAUCCUGUCCCAGAUGGCACCGGCUUUCAGCAUGGCCAGCUGUAGCUUUGUGGUGGAGCGCUCCAAGGAGGCCACGGCCCGCGUGGUGGUGUGGAGGGAGAUCGGAGUCCAGCGCAGCUACACAAUGGAGAGCACACUCUGCGGCUGUGACCAGGGCAAAUACAAG